AUGGCCCUGCUACACGACCACUCCGAAGAGUGCACAAAGAGUGAACUCGAUCUCUUUACUCUACCACCCACCCAGACAAGUAUAGAAAAAGGCCAGUACGUUGAGUACCACCCCAUCUCUAAUCUUGCCGACGGAGGUCCCAUCCAGUUUUAUGUUCCCGGUUCGAGCGAGGAAUACAUCGAUCCUUCCCAGACUCAACUCUACGUCAAGGUGAAGGUGACCAAGGGUGACGGCACCGAUCUUAAAGACACAGAUGUGGUCGGUCCCUGCAACCUGCUUUUACAGACCCUCUUCAGCCAAGUCGACGUGACCUUGAAUGAGCGACUGAUUUCUGCCUCCACUCCGACGUAUCCGUACCGAGCCAUGAUCGAGACCCUUCUGACUUACGACAAAGGAGCCAAGGCAUCGCAGUUGACGGCUUCAGGUUGGAGUAAGGAUACCGCAGGCAAGAUGGAUAACGUCAACUGUACAGCUAGUGAAGCAGAGACAAAUGCGGGCUUGAAGACUAGACGCAAGCGCAUCCUAAACAGUCGAAUCUUAGACCUGAUUGGACCCAUUCAUGGAGAUUUGUUCUGUCAGGACAAACACUUGAUCAAUGGAGUUGACCUGAAAGUCAAGCUGGUUCCUUUUGUCUCAUGGCUUCCGGGGAAAACCCCACCUACAAAAUUAAGAUUAUGGAUGCAUCGUUGUUUAUUCGGCGAGUAA